AUGUGCUCAAUGCUUCUCGUACUCUUCCUUGAAUGCCAUUCGACGACUGGUAGGACAAUGGCUGCAACAACAAGAAAGGAAAGUGCACAAACCAACGAUACCGUGCGACCAUUGGGCGCCAACGCAUUUUGUAAAAACGGGGAAAAGACAAGGAUUCGACGUGACUGGGACUUGAUCUCUCGUGACGACCAGGACCUCUACAUCGAGGCGAUCGAAGAAGCAAUAGAUCGAGAAUUAUACCAGGCUUUCUUGGGCUACCAUGCGGACUCUGUAGCGUUAGUACAAUCGCACGAAACAUGUGGUUUCGCAUUGUGGCAUCGAACCUUUCUGUUAGCUUUCGAAAACAUGUUGCGGUCGCUGGCACCACGGUUUGCUUGUCUCACUAUCCCUUAUUGGAAUGUGAUGGAGCAUUCUAGUGAUCAAGCCAGAGGCUUGUGCACCAGCUAUCGAACCUGCUCCAGAAUAGUAGGAGACCUUGGUGGUAGUCCUGUCGCGGCAGCAGCGACCCGUCUGUAUGCCGGCAUUGAGGCUACUGGAGAUUUGAUUACCGGUCGUCCAAUUCGCAAUCUCCAUGAUGACAACAACGCUACUGGCAUAGUGCGCGAUGACUUAUUCUGGGUCACUCUGCCUGCGAGUACAGCGUACGAUAGCGUUCUCGAUAUCCUGGUUACUAGUCCGUCCUACGUUCAAUACACACGUCGGAUCCAGGAAACCAUUCACGACGAUGUUCACGACACGUUGGGUGGCUUCAUGCCCACAUACUCAAGCCCCACUGAUCCACUCUUUAUGCCGUGGCACAGCUUUAUCGAUCUUGCUUUGUUCAUGUGGGAAGCUUGCUACUUGGAUCCAUCGGAACAAGCUUCCGGUACGCGUCUUGCUGCAGACUGGGCGUUUGAGGGCGCCGGAUCGAACUGCUCCCGAAGUGGUCGCAGUAAGGUCCUGUUCCCCAUCCUCAACGCCACGAGCGAGCUAUAUCUUAUGAGGGGUGACUUUCAUGUGCUUGAAGAUCCCUUGAUUGGAAUCUAUUUUGCCGAUAUUGGAAUUCUUUUCUCGGAUGUGGCGUCUAUUCGUGACUUGGGAGAGGACUUUGAUUUCACCUACGAUCACGUGACGGAGCGGAUUUGGAAUGUCCUGCAAGAUCCGUCUCAAUGUCCGUCCUCGGGAUCCUGGACAGCCUUUCCGACUCCGUCGCCGACAACGGCAUCCCCCGUGGUAGGAUCACCAAACGAUGCCGAUGCUCGUAGCGAAUGGCUGGCUGGGAUCCGUCAGCGCCUCGAGGAAAUGUUUGCCGAAACACACCCGGGAUACGUUGCCCAAUACAUGUCUUACUUCACCUGUGUCACGCAGGAUGAGACAAGUCUCUCUGUAUACACAGAGGAUCCGGGCGAGUACUUGGUUGAUGUGUUGAAUGGCAACGCGAUUAUUAGAGCGCGUUGCGCCUUUUUCCUUCCCGAAACAGAGUCCGUUACGAAUGAGGAAUUGCCCACGUCUUCGACUCCUGUGGCUGCGCCCUCUGAGAACAGGGACCAGUUUGCAGGCGACGACGAGGAUGAUGACCAGACUAGUACCGCCCUAAGAGCACCUCAACCGUACUUUGGCAUUGGGUUGGUCAGCUGCUUGGUGCUACUCGUUGUGGACUAG